CCUGUCUAAAGUCAACUAAAGUGUCAAAUUGAUUUGACUUGAUAACUCCUCACGAUCGAAAGCCUUCGCCUUCUGUUUUUCGAAAUUGUGUAAUAAAAAUGGCUUUUGGUGAUUAUCCAAUAGAAUAUGACCCCAAAAAGCAUGGUCCUUAUGAUCCCGCCCGAUAUUACGGAAAGCAGGAUAUUCCUUUUGGACAACUCAAGUUAAGCGAAGUGGGUGCAUGGUUCGCCAGACGUAACAAGUCACCAACUGCUCUUGGUGGACUUAUCGGCAGGGCUUACUGGAGGUGGCAACACAAAUAUGUCCAGCCUAGAAGGGGUGGAAUUGCUCCAUUUUUCCAAGUAGCUGUAGGUUGCUCCCUCUUUUUCUACUUUUUGAACUAUCAAAAAAUUACUUCUCACAGAAACUACAAGUAUCACUAACCUUCUACAGUCCAGUGAUGUAGUACAUACAUAUUGUAUUCUUUAGAAUUUCUGAAUAAUAAACUUAUAUCAAAAUA